CCAAGCUUAUGUAAAGCAUUGGCUGUGUCACUUUGCAGUCAGCCAUGCCUGGCCAAUGGCAAUUGGAAGACUUGAAGCAGGAGGUCACCUCCAUGGUGCAAAUGCUUGGCAAAAGGGGUGCCCAAUGUAGCAGCAUGGCUACCUCCUUGGUUAAGCAGCUGGAACACAAAAUGAAAGCUUCCAGCUUGACCACCACUGAGGUCCUCCAGCUUUCCCAGCACUUGGAUGAAUCAGGAUUACCUGAUGGUUGCAAAGAUGAUUUGUUAGCCCAAUGUGACCAGCUGGUCAUUGAAAACAGCCACCAGUCUGCUGUCAAGCUGUCCUUGCAGGCACAAACAUGUGACCAUCUGACCAACUACUUGACUGCUUCUGACUGGAAAGCUUUCAAGGAACUGCCCUUCUGGCAGGCAGCCAAUGUUUUGAUUGCCAGGCUGAAGAAAAUUGGUGUCAAGAGCCUCAAAGAAAGCUUAAAGAAAAGGUGCAUUGCCAUUAUGGUUCUGAAUGAAAUGGAGAAGGGCAAACCCUUUCCCACCUACAAGGCCAUCUAUGACACAGCCCAGCAAUUCUCAAGUGCUUUCUUGAGCUCUUCUCACCAAGCAGCCCCAGGGGUGCCUUGCGUCCUCACCUACCCCAUGCAGCCUUCCAUGGUCAAUGAAAGCUUUGUGGCCACAGCCUAUGACAAUGAAGACCCACCUGUUUCCAAGCACUUGGAAGACCUCAACUUCUUGGUGCUGCAUCAUAUCCCAGUCAGGUCCACCAGUAGGCUGCUGAGAGAAGACAGCAGCAAGGUUCUUGACAAGAAGCUCAAGAGAAAGAGUUCUGUACUGGCAGAAGAGGAUUUGGAGGACAGAGUGGCUGACAGAGUGGUGGGCCAGCUAAGUUGCAAGUUGGAGAGGCUGCUGGGUGAUAGAAGUCAGGCCCCUGGCACUGUGGCAAGACCUUGCUUGAGUUUGUCAAAGCCUCUGUCAGUGGAAGGUGCCAACAGCCUUGAGAACAUGAAGCCCAAAGCCUUGCUGAAUUUGCCUUCUGCCAACUCCUUUACUUGCUCUGAAGCAAGUAAGCAACAGGACAAUGGUGACAGGAUGGAUAAUGACCAGCUCCAAGUGGCUUUACCUGAUUUGGAAGAGGAGCAGUUUCAAGAACUGAAAAAUGAGAAGACAAUGCCCAAAUCCAACCCCACCACAAAGCCAAAGGAGAAAAAUGUCAAGGGUGCUGUCCUCAAGAGGCCUGCAGCCAGUGUGCUGAAGAGGCCUGCAGCCAGUGUGCAAGUGGCACCUCAAGACCUUGCAGAGCAGGACCAGGACUGCUGGGGGUGUCUUCGAUGUCGAGGCAAUGUGAAAGGAUGCUUGUCCUGCAGAAAGAAAGACUUUGCUGGCUUAAGAUGCAAUGGAAGGGAAGCUUGGAAGGCAGCUUUGGCAAAGGAUGGCAAAAGCUGGAAGUGAUUGCCCAUGCAGUAGGAUUUGGGGAAGCAAGCUCAAAGGCAAGCAUGUUUUGGUGCAAAACUGAACCACAUGUCUUGACAUCCCACUGAAACAAUUUGUUUGCUGAACAUCAAGAUUGCUUAGCCUAUUCUUGCAGGGGAACACUGCACA